AUGACGCAAACCACGCACCUGUAUGCCAAGGACGCAGCAGGACUCCGCAAAUACCAAUCAGACUUUGCGGCGUGGCAAACCAGUAGCCAGGAUGUGCUGGUGUUCCCGUUUUCACCUGGGACACUGCCACCCAGGUCGCGAGAAUGUUACCACUGUGAUCUGAGGGACCCGCCCCAUGGCGCCGGAAGCUGCACAGCGCCACUACCGGUACCGGUUAUUGAGUCCAACAUCCGCAGAUGGGUCCACUCGGUGGUCUUCCCACCCCGCCAGACGGAGGCCAUGCCAAUCUACGCCAUAUUCGGGGAACUGGACGCCAACCAACCUAUUGACUUCGGAGAUCUCGAGGAGGAAGAGGAGCAGGGAAACGGAGAGGAGCGCACCUCAUGA